AUGGCCAACCCACGCAUCGAAGAGAUCCCCGACGAGCCCGAGAAGAAGAACGCUCAGAUCGAGGAGGAUGAGUCCAGCGACGAGUCCGAGGCUGAGGAGGGUGAGGUCAACGUCCCUGCGGGCUCCUCCGUCGCCGUCCACUCUCGCAACGAGAAGAAGGCUCGCAAGGCCAUUGCCAAGCUCGGCCUGAAGCACAUUGAAGGCAUCACCCGCGUCACCCUGCGCCGACCGAAGAACAUCCUCUUCGUCAUCAACCAGCCUGACGUCUACAAGUCUCCCUCAAGCAACACAUGGAUCAUCUUCGGUGAGGCCAAGAUUGAGGACUUGAACUCCCAGGCUCAGGCUUCCGCCGCCCAGCAGCUCGCUCAAGCCGAGGCUCAGUCCCACGACCACGCCGGUCACGACCACGACCACGAUCACGGCAAGGGCAAGGGCAAGGCUGUUGAGGACAAGAAGGAGGAGGAAGAGGAGGAGGAUGACGACGAGGAGAUCGACGACUCUGGCCUCGAGGGCAAGGACAUCGAGCUCGUCAUGCAGCAAGCCAGCGUCUCCCGAAAGAAGGCCGUCAAGGCUCUUAAGGAGAACGAUAACGACAUCGUAAACUCCAUCAUGGCGUUGAGCAUAUAG